GUGAGUGUAAAGGGGGUAAAAUCUCCGUCGAGGUCUUUUAGUUUAUGUCUUUUAAUUCAGUUAUAUUUGUUAUUUUCAAGUAAGCGCGAUUAUGUGUGUGAGGCAUGUCACCGCCUACUUAAGGUGGAGGCACGCGUUGUGCUAUGUAUGUGAAUGUGUGUGGUUGAUGGUAAUUGAACCCCCGGGCGGUUGAGCCACUACUUGACGCGGUAGAUGGUCGGGUCACUACUGGACGGCGAUACGUAACGCAUUAGUUGACCGGGCAUGGACUGGACGGCGAUACGUAACGCAGUACCAUUGCCUUGAGGAUAGGGACACCGGACGGCGAUACGUAACGCGGUGG